ACAGCAUCCCCUUCAUCAUGUGACUGAAGUACCUAAUAUGGACCCGCGUUAUUGUGCCCAAGAAAUCCUCCUCUGUGACCUGUGUCAAACUGCUGCAUUACAGAGUCAUUGUGAACUUUGUCAUGUUAAUCUCUGUAUACAAUGUGUUGGAAAACAUCUCUCUGAUUCAUCUAAAAGACACAAUGUUGUUCCAUACAAGCACAGAACUACUACUCCUAACUACCCAAAAUGUCCAAACCACACCCAGAAACAUUGUGAACUUUACUGUGAAAAAUGUGACAUUCCUCUCUGUUCUACCUGCAUCGCCUCUGAUAAACAUCAUGGACAUAAGUUCACAGAUGCACUGCAGAGACUAAGUUCCAAAUCAAAAGAUUUAGAAAAUGACUUAAAAGAACUAGAGGCAAGAAUCUAUCCUAAAUAUGAAGAAGUUGUAUUAGAUUUAAACUCUGAAAAACACAACUCGGAAAAACAUUAUGAGAAACUGACAACAGCUGUCACCAAACAAGGAGAAGACAUGCACAGAGAAAUAAACAUUAUUGUCAACAAACAAAAAUAUGAAAUUGAUGAAAUGAGAUCUAAACACCUGGCUGCUCUGAAUAAACAGGAAGAAGAAAUCAAACAAAUUACUUCUGAUGUAAAACAGUGCAUUGUUGAUCUGAAGAAAAUACUUGACUCUAAUGAUGUCUCUCUAACCUCUGGUUACAAAUCAAGGAAUGCUGAAUUCAGAAGUUUACCUCCUCAGGUCAAUGUUUCAUUACCAAGUUUCUCACCUCAUCAGAUCAACACAGAACAGCUCCAUCAAAUGGUUGGUUUUCUGUCAUCGUUAUCCAUUACAACAGAAGAAUAUGACGACUCAAUAAAGACACCCGAUGCUUUAUCUUAUCCUCCAAACAAACCACUGCUUGAUGAACCAGAGUUCAUCACCAUAGCGAAUACUGGGUAUGAAUAUCUAUUCAGUAUUACCCGUUUCAGUGAUGAAGAAAUCUGGACACGUGGAGGAGACAAAUUCAUGAAACUCUACAACCUCCAGGGCAAACUACUGAAGUCAAUCCAAACCAAGUCAAAAAACAUACCACGUGACAUAGCAGUGACAUGGAAUGGACAUCUAUUGUAUACUGAUGAUGAUACACGAACUGUAAACAAAGUGAAGAAUAAAAAGAUACAGGAAGUGAUCAGACUACAGGGGUGGAUACCUUACAAUGUCUGUAGUACCUCCUCUUGUGACCUCCUGGUUACUAUGGUCAGUGACGAUGAUGAACAAUCAAAAGUUGUCCGUUUCUCUGGCUCCGCAGAGAAGCAAACCAUUCAGUUUGAUAGUGAAGGUAAACCUCUGUAUUCAUCUGGAACCUACAGUAAAUACAUCAAUGAGAACAGGAACCUGGAUAUCUGUGUAGCUGACUUUGGAGCCCGCGCAGUAGUGGUGGUUAAUAAGGCAGGAAAACUCCGAUUUAGAUACUCUGGUCAUCCCACUUCGAACAAGGGACCAUUUAAUCCACGUGGCAUCACAACAGACAGCCAGAGUCACAUCCUGACAGCAGACAACAACUUUAUCCAUAUCCUAGAUCAGGACGGACAGUUCCUCCGUUACAUUGAUAACUGUGAUCUACGUGGUCUGUGGGGUAUAUGUGUAGACACCAGAGACAACCUCUUUGUGGCUGAGUGUUGCAGUGGUAAAGUGAAGAAAAUCAAAUACAAGUAAAGGAUCCAACAUAUGUGACCAUGCAGUGAAUUUAUAUACAAUGUUUGUUUUCACCAUCACUAAGUGAAGUGAUCAUGACUUAGACAUUUUGUAAAACA